UGUGAGGCCGGUUGCGAACUUGCGACUAAAUUGUACUCCUCCUUCGUACUAGAAGUAAUUACCAAACGCGCUUUUUCAUUUCAUAUUCGCAUUUAUAUAAAACUGCUUUUGAUUCCACCGCGCUUUUCCCUUCCAUAAAUCACACCCAACGAAUAUUCCCUUUCAUUUCCUUUUCGCUUUCUCCCCCAUUUCAUUCCAAUCGAAUCAACACUUUCACAAAUGAAGAACGAUUGGUUACCAUGGAUGGAUUCAGAUCCAGACUUAUUCCCAUUAGAACCAUUCAUCAACAACUUUCUACGCUCUCAUUUCCUACAAUCCUUUAUACAAAACUCUAGAACCUUCCACGUUCCAGGAACUUCGGCAAUCGAAGAGACCUUUGGCCGCGUAUCGAAAUUCGCCGGCGCGGUGUUGUUUUGGGUUUCCGGUGGUGGAUCGAAUGCCUGUGGCGGUUCUCUUCGAUUUGGAGGCGGUUCUGGUAAUAUGAAUAUGAAGGUUAAGCCUGUGAUUGGUAAUAAUGUGGCUGGGUUUGGGUUUCCUUUUGGUUUUAAAUCAAAGAGGAAAUCUUCUGAACGUGUGACUUUGGGGAAGAUUUCGAGUUCCUUGGUUAGCUUGUUUUGGAGAGAAGCUAAAAGGAUUCAAUCAUGCUCUGUUUUGUCGCUUGCUGCAGCUUUGGUGCCGCCAAUUCAAAACUUGUCAUCAAAACUACUAUCUGGGCCAAUGCAGGAUCCUGAUAUGCAAAUACAUGGAAGCAUGGACCAACUGCCUAAGGAGGUUGAGCGCCAAAGAUGUCCUCGCCUAUCAAUUUCUGAGUUGAACCUAGCCAACUCUACCAUGGAACCUAAAACAGGCAUUGAAUUUCCUGUGGUUCUGGAUAGUUUAUCAGCGGGAGAGCAGAGUUCCCGCUCUGAUGCCGAGGUCCUUGUUGGAACGGGAUCUAGAACCAUGACAAUUGUUAAAAUUAAGUCACUAAAGAUCUAUGCUUUUGGAUUUUAUGUUCACCCGAACUCCCUCUGUGAGAAGUUGGGCCCAAAAUAUGCAUCAAUUUCUGCAGAUGAAUUGAAUGACCAUAAUGAUUUCUACCAGGAUCUUCUAAGGGAAGAUAUCAGUAUGACUGUUAGGCUUGUCGUAAAUUGCAAAGGGAUGAAAAUUAACAGCGUGAAAAAUGCUUUUGAGAAAUCACUUAGAGCUCGACUAGUUAAGACAAAUCCAUCUGCAGACUUUGAUUGCCUUUGGACAUUUGGUUCAUACUUUACAGAGAAUAUCCCAAUACCUUUGGGAACAGUAAUUGAGUUUAAACGGACAGUUGAUGGGCGUCUGAUUACUGAAAUUGGUGGCAGUUACGUUGGAAGUGUCCACAGCAAAGAUUUGUGUCGGGCAUUCUUUGACAUGUACAUUGGAGAUCUCCCUGUGUGCGAACAAGCCAAGAAAGAGAUUGGCAUGAACAUCGCAAAUAUGAUUAGGAGUUGCUGAAACAAUUCUUUUUCUUUCCAAUUGUCCUGAUUUUUAGAAUGGAUAAUUGGAGGGCGGCAUAGAAUAUAUCCCCCAACCUAUAGCAGAAGCAGUUGUUUCAUGAAUUUGAUUUCAAUGUGCUUUAAAAUUGGCCAGAGUUACUUUUCAAGGUUUGUUCUUUUGAAUCAUAGAAAUCAUUAGGGUAGCUCAAGUUAGAUUACUGUUAGAAUUUUUCACUGUUCCUAUUGAUGUUGAUAGGCAUCUCUUUGAUGCCUCUAUCCUAUGUUAGCUGUAUAAUCUUAUUUUAGGGCACUUCUGGAGUUUUUCAAUAUUUUUAUGGAAGUGGUUAUUCACGUGUCUA